GUGACAAGGCACUGUUGCUACAUGCGAACAAGAUGCAGUGGGCUUCUUCCGCUUUACCAACAGCUGGGAAUGCUAUUCUUGCUUUACAGUCCCACCGCACGGGUCCUAGAAUACCAUGUACCAUUCGCGUAAGUGUUAUCAGAAGCCAAUCGCAGGGCCAGAGAAAAGAGAACAGGUGGUCUCUCCGCGGAAUGACAGCCCUCGUCACCGGAGGAACUCGUGGAAUCGGGUACCAUCGCCAAAGGCGCGCGAUUGUGGAGGAAUUGGUUGGAUUUGGGGCUAGAGUGCAUACCUGUGCUCGAAAUGAAACUGAACUCAGUAAAUGCCUCAACGACUGGGAUGCUUCGGGUCAUGGAAUUACUGGGUCUACUUGUGACGUAUCCGUUCCACAGCAGAGAGAGGUAAUGAUGGAGAACGUCUCAUCUAUCUUCGACGGGAAGCUCAACAUCCUUAUAAAUAAUGUGGGGACGAACAUUCGGAAACCAGUGACAGAGUUCACGAAUGCAGAGUUUUCCACUCUCAUCGACACUAACUUAGGAUCCGCCUUUCAUUUAUGCCAACUUGCUUAUCCACUUUUGAGAGCAUCAGAAGUGGGAAGCGUUGUAUUUAUCUCCUCUGUUUCUGGUUUUGUCUCACUGAAGUCGAUGUCUGUUCAAGGAGCUACCAAAGGGGCAAUCAACCAACUUACUAAAAAUUUAGCUUGUGAGUGGGCAAAAGACAAUAUACGGUGUAAUGCUGUGGCACCUUGGUACAUAAGUACUUCAAUGGUGGAGCAAGUGCUGAGCAAUGAAGGCUACCUGGAAGAAGUAUACUCUCGAACUCCCCUGAGGCGGCUGGGAGACCCAGCAGAAGUGUCAUCUCUUGUUGCGUUUCUUUGCUUACCAGCGUCAUCAUACAUUACUGGCCAGAUUAUAUGUGUGGAUGGAGGAAUGACCGUGAACGGUUUUUACCCGGCACACAACUAGGAGUUCCAAUAUGCAUCAUAGUCCACACGCCAACGUUUUUGUUUGUCCGAAAUUCACCAACCAUCCCUGUGGAAUCAAUGUUAUGAUCUCUGCAAAGUAUUCUCAUGGCGAAGGCAGAGGUGUUGAUCAAAGCCCGAGUAAGAGGUUGCUGGAGGAAUCCAUAAAAUCACUAAUAGACCCUUGCAAGGCGGAUUUUUUAAUAUUGUAAUAACGGAUCAUUUUUGUUCUAAACGUCUCUUAGAAACUAUAUUUUCCUUCACCCGGAGACGAAUUCGAAGGCAACAAUCAUUUUCGCUCGAAGUGUUCUAAGAUCUAUCCGCCUUGAAUAAUUGAACUCGGGAGACAGAGUCCGAAGAGAGGGAAAGUGAAAUCAUGUUCAGAGCCAUGGACAAGGCAUGUGGUAUUCUAUCGAGCGUUUUAGGAAAUAAACAAGGAGGCGAUAGUUUGAUUUAGAUGGGGAGGACCCCAAAGAAGCAUGAAUAAGGAAAGUAGGGCACAAUUAGCGGGAUAAAAAUGUGGCCAAUGUUGAUCAGUAUGACAGUAUCGCUGCGGCAGAGGGGACAAGUUGCCCAGCCAUCAGAAGCAUACGCGGAUCGUCCUCUCUAUUAGGACACCGGAACCGAAUGCAUUACAUCAUGCUUUUGUGGCCAAAACGAAGGAGUAGAUUGGCUCUGCCAAGGAUUUGAAAGUGU